AUGGCAAGAAAUUAUGAGAUGGGUGUUAGAUGGUUCAAGAUGAUACUUGGUGUUUUGGUGGUUUCAAUAUUAUUAUCACAAUAUUCUUGUGUUUAUGGAGAAGCGCCGCAAGUACCAUGUUUCUUCAUCUUUGGUGAUUCGUUGGUCGACAGUGGCAAUAAUAACUACCUCCCGACCUUGGCUAAAGUGAAUUACCUUCCCUAUGGGGUUGAUUUUCCCAUUGGUGCAACAGGAAGAUUUUGCAAUGGCAGAACCUCAGUUGAUAUACUUGCUGAACUUCUGGGUUUUAAGAAACCCAUCCCACCAUUUGCAACUACUUGGGGCCUGGUCAUACUUAGAGGUCUGAAUUACGCAUCUGGCGCCGCAGGAAUUCGAGCUGAAUCUGGCACUGAGAUGGGUGUUAAUGUCAACUUAGAUCAGCAGUUACGAAAUCACCAUGUUACAGUCUUGCGCAUUGCUUCCAUUCUGCGACAUAAAGCAUUAGCUCUCAAGUAUGGUGCAAGGAAGGUGGCCUUGGUUGGAGUGGCACCAAUAGGCAAUGCAACAGAACCUUUUAAUGAAAAGCUUAGAGCUCUGGUGGACAAGCUCAAUGCCGAUCUGGAAGAUGCACGAUUCAUCUAUGUUAACGCUUCUUCAGUUCACGUCCUGCUGGUACUUGAUUUCAAGGUUCCGAACAUUAGCUGCUGUGCAGUAAAUGAACUUGGGCUAUGCAAUCCUUUCGAACCUGUAUGCCAGAAUAGAAGUGACUAUGCAUUAUGGGACUCAUUCCAUCCGACUGAGGCCGCCAAUAUAGCCAGUGCAGGAAGAGCAUACAGUUCUCAAGACCCCAUCGGACACUUAUCCCAUGGAUAUCAGUCACCUAGUUCAGCUUAG